GGUCAGGCCUCCAUUUUUACCAGGACGACUGCAGCAGCUGUCCACUGGCAUGUCAACGAGAGCGUCACAUUGGUGAUACAGGGGUUCAGAAGUGAAUUGAGGCGGCUGCGUGAAGUCUGAUCCAGGAAGGUUUACCCUCACUGUCUCCGGCCUGUCCAGGACCUGCAGCCCCACCAUGGCGGAUCAGUACCAGUACAACAUCAACGAGGAGAAGAUUGUGAAGGACAGCCACACCAAAGAGAUCGACCUAAUUAACAGAGACCCCAAGCAGAUCAAUGAGGACGUGGUGAAGGUGGAGUUUGAGGACAUCAUUGCAGAGCCUGAUGGUACACACAGCCUGGAUGGAGUGUGGAAGCUUAGCUACACCACCUUCACUGUGUCUAAAUACUGGUGUUACCGCAUCUUGUCCGCUGUCUUCGGUAUCCCUGUUGCUCUGCUCUGGGGCUUCCUGUUUGCUUGCAUCUCCUUCUGCCAUAUCUGGGCCGUGGUUCCCUGCAUCAAGAGCUGUCUGAUUGAGUCACAGUGCGUCAGCCGCAUCUAUUCUCUCUGCAUCCAGACCUUCUUUGAUCCUUUCUUCGAAGCCCUGGGCAAGAUCUUCAGCAGUGUGCGCGUAGCACUGCGCAAAGAAGUCUAAGAACUCAUACAGUAGUGUUUUUAGUAUGAUCGGAUGAAGUGUGGUAUCUUUUUAUACACCAGAAGAUCAAUCCUGGAAUUUUGCUUACUGCCCGAUACUUCUCCUCCCUUCAUAACAUGCUCUUCCCCACCCUCCUAUCCUCAAGCCCUCAGCUCUGAGUCCUGACAUGCCCAGUGUGCCUUUUGCCACCAGAAGCUUUUCGACAGCUGCAGCAGUCAUCGUGGUUCUAUCACAGCUCUGGCACUCCUGGAAAGCUCCGGUUCCUCACUAGAGGGCCGAAGAGGGCCGCCUGCCAUGAACAGGAUCUGUCUGCCCUCAUUCAUUUCUAUCACAAAUGGCUACUCAUUCACAACAAAUGAAAUGAACUCCCCAACACUGCUGCACCUUUGGACGACUGGACGAUGCUUCUUGUAUGCGUUACAUUUGGCUAUUCUUAAAAGUUAUAUUGAUGCUGUAUGUUGCUGUGUCCAGUAUUGUUUUACUUCACAUUGACUGAAUUUAAUUUGACACUUAUAAACUGUAUAUGUAAAUUUAACUUAACUAGAAAAAACCCUGACAGAAUGAAAGGAAUUUAAAAUAUUUUCUGAAUGUAAUUACAUUGUCCAGUAUUGUCUGAUUUCUCUAUGUAUUCAUAAAAAUAUUCCGAUAUGUUUCCCUCUUAAUUUGUGAUGGCUCCAGAGUAACUUGAACUAAACUUCCUGUAUCAAAGUGUGAUGAGUGGAAUAUUAAAUAAUUGUUUGCAUAUUUCAGUCAAGUAUGUGUAAACAAGAAUGAACCUAACUACCGAUGGCGUUAAGUGAAAACCUCUCUACGAGAGCCAUUUUAAUGUUCCACAGGAUUAUUUUGAUUUGAAAGAAAAGCAUAAAAACCUUUGCUCCCACUGUGGACCUGCAGUGUAGAAAGUAAAAUUAUACAUGGGCUGAAACUUAUUUAAAGACAUAUUACAACUGAUCAAACUGUCCUUAUAAUAACUAUAUUAAAACAUUGGUUGAGUGUUUGAUUGAGAGUAUAUUAUGUGUAUUAUUUCAAAUCUUUCUAAAAGGCUUGAGAAAAACAUUUUUAAGAUUAACCAUACAUCUUGCUUCUGUCAACCUGGAUGCACUGACCAUGGAACUGUGACCGACUAGAGGUUGCUGUUGUAUAUCUUUCAUGUGCUUCUCUGCUGUGUCUGAGAAUACCAGACCCUUCUUUUUUUGUAACCUCCAUGUGUUUCUUUCUGGUUGAUUCCUUUUAGUCCUUUGUUCCACUCCAGUGCUAGAAAAUGUACAGUUAGAGUUUAUAUGAGCAGAAAUAGCACAUUGGCUUAAAGCAUUAUUCUGAUUAAUGAACUGUAUUAAACAGUGUAAUUCGUGAGCAAGAGUGAUUAAUUUGCCAAGUUAUGUGGUCAAAUUUCAUUAAAAAAUAACACUAAGCACUUCAAUCACUUUCAUUUCAAUGUGGGCAAUAAUCACCAGAUGAUCAUUUAAUCUGAAAUAAAAUUCUCUCCAUAA